GGUCUCCCGUGGCCUGGCUGGAGAGGACGAUGCGAGGGAUCGGCCUGGAGGUCCACACGCAGAGCUUUGUCCGAGAUCUGCCCUUCCCCGACGAGGCCACCGAGAGAUUUAUGGUGAAGGGAACCAAUGUGUACGGCAUCCUGCGGGCCCCUCGUGCCGCCAGCACGGAGUCCCUGGUGCUGAGUGUUCCCUGCAGCGAGGGGCAGAAUAACAACCAGGCCGUGGGGCUCCUCCUGUCCCUGGCGUCUUACUUCAGAGGGCAGAUCUACUGGGCCAAGGACAUCAUCUUCCUGGUGAAUGAACAUGACCUGAUCGGGAUGGAGGCGUGGCUGGAGGGUUACCAUGACGUCAAUGUUACAGAGAUAAAGUCAUCGGUGAUGAUGGGACGGGCCGGAGCCAUUCAGGCCGCUCUAUCCCUGGAGAUCAGCAGUGAGGUCAUCACCAGCUUCGAUGUCGUGCUUGAGGGACUCAAUGGACAACUGCCCAACCUAGACAUGGUCAACCUGUUCCUGGCCUUCUGCCAGAAGAACCAACUGCUGUGCACCAUCCAGGGCAAGCUGCAGCGGAACGACUUUGACACUCUCCCCGGCUACAUCCACAACCUGCAGACGAUGAUGCUGAUGGUGUUAAAGCAAGGUUCCGCCCGGCCGCAGGGGGACCACGGCCUCUUCCUGAGAUACCACAUCGAAGCCAUUACCCUGCGCGGCAUCAACAGCUUCCGCCAAUACAAAUACGACAUGGUCACCAUCGGACAGACCAUUGAAGGGAUGUUCCGCAAAGUGAACAACCUGUCGGAGCGGCUGCACCAGUCCUACUUCUUCUACCUGCUGCCAUCACUCUCCCGCUUUGUAUCUAUUGGGAUUUAUAUGCCGGCCAUCGGAUUCAUCAUCCUCAUCCUGAUCCUGCGAGCCCUGGAUCUGUGGAUUAAACUGAGCCGCUCAGAGCCAGUGACUGAGGACGGAGCCGGGGACACAGAACAGGACACCAGGCCCAGCAUCCUGUCUCUGGCCACUCCGAUCGUCAUCUGCCACGCUACCGGACUCAGCCUCUACUACAUCCCGGUGAUGAGCCAGGAGAUCGCUACCGAUCAUUUCCCGGUGUCCGAGGCCGAGGCCGUGGUGCUGAUCGCCAUUGCUAUAUAUGUGGCUGGACUGGCGCUGCCCCACAACACGCACAGGGUGCUGGCCGGGGCCGGCUCGGAUCAGGGCUGGAUGACCCUCAAGCUCAUCUCUCUCUUGUAUCUGGCUGUCCUGCUGGGCUGUAUCGCCGUCAUGAACUUCUCCCUGGGCUUCAUCCUGGCCGUCACCAUGGUACCCGUGGCUGCCGUGGUCCAGCCUGCGGGGCCUAAGCUUUUAUAUGCAGCUCUUCUAGUCCUGGUGACACCGGCGACCACCCUGCUUGGCAGCAUCUUCCUCUACCGGGAGCUGAUCGAAUAUCCCGUCUCACUGUUAGAAUGCUGGCAGAUCUUCCUGCAGGCCAUCGCAGGGGGCAUGCUGGACCACUACCUUUACGGAUCCUUGCUCUUCCCCUUCGUCGCCCUCUUCGUUUACCCUUGUUGGCUGCAGCUUUGGAACGUGGUCUUCUGGAAGUGACCUCACGUUGUUCUCUUACCUCCGACACAAACUUCCUGGCCCCGGACACUUCCUUAUCUUUCCCAGGACGGCGUAGCGGGGGGAUGACGAAGGAAGAGCCAUCUUGUUCUGACAUCAGGAAGUGGUGACUCUCAGGUGAAGGGUCAGGCUGCAGAGGUCCCGGACGGUUUUGGGGAAAUAUGUAUUGGAUGGGAAGCUGCAGGAGACGAGGAUUUGAUGCAUGACGU